CCCGUUUCACCAUAGCCAAUAGCUCCUCUUCCGCCUCCCUCUCCUACCGGCGGCGCCACCCUCCGCCUCAACCACACAACCACCGCCAUCUGCGAAACCCGGAUGGGAAUGCAGACCCUUCCCUAACCAUCGCCAACCCAAAAAAACGAAGAAACUCCAUCUGCCAUAGAAAUUCAUAUGAUACCAUUGUUACGUUAGAAUUGCACUUGAUUAAAUUGUGCAUGAACAUGUAACAACAGGGGUCACAUUGCAUCGUUCACAUUGUUUGGCGAAAAACCCAUUUCGAAUUUGGGAUUUUCCGAUGUGGGUUUCUUCUUUUUGAAGGUGUUUGAUCUGGUUUUGAAGGUUUUGUAUUUCUGGGGGCGCGGCCAUGGCGGCAAUUGUGAAGGAGAUCCUGGCAAGGCCAAUCCAAUUGGCGGACCAGGUGACCAAGGCCGCGGACGAGGCACACUCAUUCAAGCAAGACUGCGCCGAGAUCAAAUCCAAGACGGAGAAGCUCGCCGGCCUCCUCCGACAGGCGGCGCGUGCGAGCAACGAGCUCUACGAGCGCCCCACCCGCCGCAUCAUCGACGAGACGGAGCAAAACCUUGACAAGGCCCUCACCCUCGUCAUCAAGUGCCGAGCCAACGGCCUCAUGAAGCGCGUCUUCACCAUCAUCCCCGCCGCCGCGUUCCGCAAGACCGCGCAGCAGCUCGAGAACUCCAUCGGCGACAUGUCGUGGCUCCUCCGAGUCUCCGCGCCCUCCGGCGACCGCGACGACGUGUACCUCGGCCUCCCUCCGAUUGCCUCCAACGAGCCCAUCUUGUGUUUGAUAUGGGAACAGGUCGCGAUUCUCUACACUGGGUCUGGGGAGGACCGAGCGGAUGCGGCAGCUUCUUUGGUGUCGUUGGCCAAAGACAACAAUAGGUACGUUAAGCUCAUCAUCGAAGAAGGUGGCGUGCCUCCGCUGCUGAAGAUGGCCAAGGAAGGAGGACAGGAAGGUCAAGAGAACGCCGCGAAGGCAAUCGGGUUGUUGGGUCAGGACCCGGAAAGCGUCGAGCAGAUUGUGAACGCUGGUGUGUGCCCGGUGUUUGCGAAAAUACUCAAAGAAGGGCACAUGAAAGUGCAGACUGAGGUUGCAUUGGCUGUGUCUGAAUUUGCCGAUAGGCAUCCGAAAUGCCAAGACCCUUUUGCUCAGAACAAUGUGAUCCGAUUGCUCGUCAGCCAUCUCGCUUUCGAGACGAUCCAGGAGCAUAGCAAGUACGUAAUCCCCAACAAGCAGCAAUUGUCGAUACAUUCGAUUGUGAUGGCGAACAACAAUCCGAAUAGAAAUGAAUGUGAUCAUAAUAAACACCCUGGUGGUAGUACGGCUCACGUUUCACACCCGAUUACGGGGAAUCACAACCCAAUUAAUCAAAUGCAGAGCGUUGUUAAUAGCACUCUGGCUUCGAAGAAAAGCCCUAGCCCUAGCCCUGGCCAAGGCCAUGAUCAGAGCCCUGGCCCUGGCCAUGGCCAGGGGAUGAAGCAGCCAGGACUUCAUAAUCAGAAUCAAAACCAGAAUCAGAAUUACAAUGUCAGUCCCCAUCAUCAUCAUCAUCCUCAUCCUAACCACAACAAUGCAAAGCCACACCACCCCAAUGCGCUAUCGGGGGCUAGCAUCAAGGGGAGGGAGUAUGAGGACCCUGAAACCAAAGCAAAAAUGAAGGCUAUGGCAGCUAGAGCGCUUUGGAAGCUUGCCAAGGGGAAUGUCGCCGUGUGCCGUAGCAUCACGGAGUCAAGAGCGCUUUUGUGUUUUGCAGUUUUGCUAGAAAAGGGUUCUGAGAUAGUUCAGGAGUAUUCUGCCAAAGCGUUGAUGGAGAUCACGGCGGUGGCAGAGCAAAAUGUAGACUUGAGGCGCAAUGCCUUCAAGCCCACAUCCCCUGCCUGCAAAGCUGUGGUUGAGCAAUUGCUGAAAAUUAUAGAAGAGGGAAACUCACACCUCCUCGAGCCCUGCAUCCAAGCUGUUGGCAACUUGGCAAGGACUUUUCGAGCAACGGAAACAAGGCUAAUCGAGCCAUUGGUGAAGCUGCUCGACGAAAGAGAGACAGACAUUUCCGCCGCGGCUGUGAUUGCACUUAACAAAUUUGCCUGCACUGAAAAUUUUCUCCAUCUCAACCACUGCAAAGCCAUUAUAGAUGCAGGUGGUGCCAAGCACCUAAUUCAGCUGGUUUACUUUGGGGAACAAAUGGUUCAGAUUCCUUCCCUAAUUCUCCUCUGUUACAUUUCAUUGCAUAUUCCAGACAGCGAAACACUUGCUCAGGAGGAGGUGCUUAUUGUGCUUGAAUGGUCAUCAAAGCAGGCUCAUCUGGUUAAUGAACCCUCAGUUGAAACAUUAUUACCAGAAGCCAAAAGUAGGCUGGAACUUUAUCAGUCCAGAGGGACAAGAGGGUUUUACUGAUGUAAUCUUAAGUUGUACAAUAUUAAUUUCUUUAGGGAAAUAUAAAACAGAAAUUCCAGUGUUACAUGUAUGUCUUCUUGUCCUCGUUUUUGUUAAG